AUGUCUCGCAACGUUCGCAAAAAGGUCACCACGCCUAGGCGCCCCAAGCGCCGAGACUCUGACACCACAUCGGCUUCCUCUAUUGACCUAUCAGAUGACGAUGGCUACUCCGCCGUCGAGGACAUUACCGACUCAGAAGAUGACGACGAGGACGAUGUGGAUGCGGUCGAGGAGGAAAACAUACGCACAGAAGCUGUAGCCAAGCCUCUGCCCUCUCCUCGACCGCCCACCGAUGACGACGACGACGAUGACGAUGACGACGACGAAGCCCUUGACCAGUUCGAGAUCGAGGUAGACGUAUCCGUUGAUGGUAACGGUGAAUUUGAAGACGACGAUGAGCAGGCAAGCUGGGCAGGCAUUGUCUCGGACGGCGACGACAACCACGUCACCGACUUUUAUAUCGAUGCCGAUACCUUUAUCCCAGACGUGGCUGCCGAGCGACACGUUCACUUCGACAUUCCUUCCAGUGACUCGGACUCGACCGACACCGACGAUGACCAUGGUGAUCUAUUUCCCGAUAUUUUCGUUGCCCAGAACUCACUUGAUCCCGCUUUUCGCAAAGAAAUAGAGAACGACCUCGAUGAUGGCUCAUCUGACUCUGGUACCUUUUGGGACUAUACCGGCCAACACCAUGGCGACGAUAAUUCGGACGCUGAGGACAUCAACGAAACCCCCACCGCCACUCCCCACAACAAUCACAUCAAAUCCGAAGACACGGGCCCUGCCUCUCCUAUCCCGGAAGAGUUUUACGGCUGUGAAUCUGAUGGUGACACAACCGAGGAAGAUACGCCAGAACCUUCCGCAAGAAAAAGAACCAGACGUCUCUCCGUGGCCAUUAGUGAGAUGACUGACUCUGAGUCAGAGCCCGUAAAAACGGAGCGUGGUCAUCCUCGCGUCGGUCGCUUUAAGCUUGACCGCUCCGACAAGAAACCCAUUGCUGUUCUAAAUCCGCUCACGCGCAAGAUGAUGAUAUUCACCCCACAUCGUCGUCACCAGUAUGACCUCUCACCAGAACAGAUGAACUUCCCCUGGCCCUUUAACGGUCAAACGGAACCUCUGGGAGACGACGCGGCCAACAUGAUGUUCAAUGCCAUGCUCUCCUCUGAAGCCUUUACAGACUAUUUCAAUACCCAGCCCAAUGCGUUAUUUCCGUUGCCCGUCGAGGGUGGUGAAGCUGAGGCUAGCUCACCUAGCAUGGAAGCCGACGAUGACGACGCUGAAAGCAAUCUUAAGAUGAGCGACUUUAUUACCUGGGAUAAAGACGACUCAUCCGGAGAGGAAGACGAAGCCGGCAACUGGCAGCCGUCAUCGACGCCUAUCCGUCCCACGACGGCAUCCAGUGAAAUCGAUGUCCUCUCCCACCUCAACUCGGAGACGGUUGGUGCUUUCCGUCGCAACCAAAUCAACCAGCAGUUGAUCUUGAGCAACCAGGCCACGCAGGACUCUCUGGCCUUGAGCGGACCGUACAACCACACUGCCCUUCGGGGCCUGAAGUCGGACCGCUUCGACACGGCGGGUAUGCCCCUUACACCGAUCCGUCGUCAGAAGAAGCACCUGAGCGAUAUAGCCCGUAGCCCGCUGGAGAAUGCAUCGGCCAAGCGAAAAGCCUCGAGCGAGGCCACUAGCGCGGGCCACAAGCGACACCGCAGCAUCUCGGAUGUCAACAUGCUACGAAUUUAA